GUCGCCCUGUGCGGGUUGGCGCAGGAGCAGGGCAUCGCCGCUCUACGGGCGUGCCUCGCCGACGCUCGCGGCGAUGAGACACUUCGCUUCACCGAGAUCACUUCUGCCAUGGCACGUCGUGCUGUCGUGUGGGGCGAUUCCUCGGCGUGGGGUGAUAUAAAGGUUGUUCUCCAGACUCGCUUGGCCCCCGGCUCUCGGCCGUUGCCAUCUGAAGUCAUCGCCGUCUGUGCUGCCCAUUUCCGCGACGCAGAUUUCAUCGCUCCCGACCCCAAGGAGGACGCUGUCAUUGUCCAUGGUGGGCUGGACAACGGGUACGGGUCCGCGGAGGAUGGGUGCCACUUCUUGCCGCUGCUCCAUGUCGACGAGUACCGCCUGUUGCCCCCGUGCUCGUCACCGAAAUGGGCCGACAUGGUGGCGGCCGUCGCCGCUCGCAGUGGUGAUCUCGCGCUGGAGUCGCGCGUCCGUGACGGGGGCGACUGCUACUUCUACGCGCUUCUCGUCCUCCUGCAUUUCCGGGGCGUGCUCAUGCUCGCGCCGAGCGGCGUGUCCGCGGCCCCGGGGGGAGCGAGUGCCAGUCUUCGCGCCCCGGACCCCGCGGGCGAGAGCGUCGCCGCAGUGCAGGCCAAAGUCGAAGGGCUCCCAGAGGACGAGGCAUCGAACGCGAUCGAAGAGUUCCUGUUUCCUGACAUCGUCUUCGAGGGUUUUAAGACGAAGGAGGAGGUUUACGAGACAGUGCGCCAGAGGGUCAUGAAGGCGUGGGAGGACACCCGGUCUCACCGCCAGAUUGCCAGCGAGUUGGAUUUCGAUUUGCGCACCAUCGCGCCGAAGCUGUUGGCGGACGCCGUGCACACCGCAGCAAAGGCCCGGGGUCUCUCUGCGGAGGCGCUGCUCUCUGCCGUGGAGCGCAACAUGGGUUUCAUCGAGGCGCCCGGAACAAAGCUGACGCACUUGCGGCAGUCAGGUCAUUACAUUUCCCCUGGCCAGCCCCUCUUGAUCGGCAGCGCGUCCUCCACGCGGAAGUCGGCCUUGAUGCAGUGCACGGACAAGUGGUUGACGCAGGUCCCGGAGGCCUCCCCUGUUUUCAAAGACAAGUUGGUCAUGAACACGGACUGCACCACGAAGAGCAUUCGGAAGCAGCUUGAAGAACACGGCCGGUGCGGCAUCUCCGGCGACGAGGCCGCAAACACGUUCCAGACGCCCUUCAGCGACGUGGAGUCCGGGGUGCACUAUCUCAGCUGCGCGAAGCUUAACACGUGGACGCAGGGCGAGCACGACGGACCGGCGACUGGCAACGGCAAGGUGUCUUUGGACAAUUACAAUUUCAUGCUCAAGUGCGCGGGCCAGACAGAGGUCGUCGAGUUUAUCGUCAUGCCGAAAGUGCACGGGUUCCAGAAGCGCAUGCAGACGGACGUGCGCGCGGACGACGGGGUCGAUUCCGAACAGAGCGACUCCUUCAUCGAGCGUCUGCACGGGUGGAUGCACGAGCAGUGUUCUGAUGUCGCCAGCGUUCUCUCGCUCGACGGCUUCGCCUACACCAUAUACCGUGCUGCGAAGCAGGCUUUUGAUGAUAUCUGUCAGACCGUGCCAAUGCCGCCGGCAUUCAAGACGAAGUUGAAUUUCUUUCACAGCGACUUGCUUCGCGCAACGCACCGGGUGCACCGCGGGAACCAGUUCGCCAGGCUUUUCAUCGCCCGGCAUGCUGCCCAGGGCGACGACGCCCUGGCGUCGCAACCGCCUUUUGAUUCUGCUUGCGAACGUUGUCUUCCCAGUGUGAACGACAUCGCGAUGGGGCUCCGCAAGGUUCUCCGCCAAAUUGAACUUCACUUCGGGUUGCAUCGCUUCCACGUCGCCCACGCUGCCGAGGGCAACCAUCGCUCCGGCGGCGACGGCAGGUGCGCAGGCGGAUCUUCGGCGGCCGUGCUGGCCGCUCCUGACGUCGCGGAGAUAGCGAUGAGGGCCCUCAUGCCGUCCGAGCUGAUGCGGCAGUUCCUGCUCACUCGCGCUCCCAAGGGGCAGAUUUUCACGGAGGCGGAUGCGAGGCAGUGGCUCAGGAAAAAGAGGGACACGUGGUUCAGAACGGACCUGGCAAAGAAGAUCUCCGACGGCUUGACAGCGCUGGUCGCGGCUAAUCUCCUGGACAGGGUCGCGGACUCCGCCGAUGCGGGGGGCUCCACGCAGAGGGCCAAGGCGGCGCAAGGCAAGCGCAAGGGCAACCCCAAGGGCAAGGGCAUGUUCAAGAAGCGGAAGCUCGAGGAGAUCGUUGCGGACGCAGAUGCCACGGAGGAACGGAAGCGCCUGCGGGCGAGCACGAGCGAGUUCGACGCGUGCCGCACUCGACAACGCUACCCAGCCCACUACGAGCUGCUAAUGGAGGUGCUCUCAGAUCAUGACAAGAAGGCUGUCGAGGAUCUGCAGUAUCGGCGUAUCGUCCCUGAGGAUUACGAAUUGCUGUCCGGACUGGGCGCGAGCGUGUCCCGCAGCGCCCGGGAUAUGGACUAUAUCAACAGCGUGCUCGAGCGGUGCAAGGGCGGACGCCCCGGCGAUCUGGCGCCCGCGAAUUGUAGGAUUUGCAUGGAGGAUGUCCCGUGCCGCCACCUACCUUGCAGGCAUUCGUUCUGCUCCGACUGCCUCGUUUCAAGUUGGUCCAAGGUGGACGCGCUCGGCCUGAUUUGCCCUGCGUGCAGGCAAGAUGUGCCGGAAGGGUUGGCGCUCGCGGAGGAGAGAAAGGCCGGCGUCGCCACGGGCGGUUGCACCGAGGGCGCCGCGGGCGCAGGGGGCGCUGCGGAGCAGGGCGUCGGCGCUGCCGCCGCCAGCGCGGCCAGGCCCCUCGAGGGCGCCGCCUGCGCUGGUGCCGCGGGCGCGGGAGGCGUGGCCCAGGCGUCCGAAGAGGGCGACGUUGCGGGGGGGAGUGGCGAAAAGACGGUAUGGCAGUGCGUGGUCGCUACCAUUCUGUCCGAAUCCCCAGACCUCUCCUCGGAAGUCGCGAAGCGCCUCCAAGUGGGGGGCCGUCUCGAGGGCCUCGCCGUGCCUCGGAUGGAGGGCCCGGUGAUGCGGGUGCACGUGAGGAUCGGAGACAAAGUCGGCCGGGUGACGUUGCGGAGCACUUCGGGCAAGGAGCUCGUCUCAGUCUUGGGCGCCGACGGUCAACCUGGCGCUGCCGACGGCCGUGGCGCGCCUGCCCUGGCGCCCGGGGUGCCCUCGGCAAUGACGCAGCAUAUGAUAGUAGAUUCGCAGCAUUUGGAGAUGGCAGUGAAGGGCAUCAAGACUAAGGAGUACCGCGGGUUGAAGACCGAUUACUGGCGACGUCGGUUCCUCCAGGGUGGGCGGGACUGGCACGUCACCCGCGUGAGGAUGAGGGCCGGCCGCGAGAAGUUCAGGCCGGAGGCGGUGUUCGAGAUCGUCAACAAGGAGGUGAUCAAGGUGGCCGACUUGGCCGACGUGUGCUUGCCCGACCGAGGUACGGAGGAGUGGGGCCGGCUGUUCGGCGGGUGCACGGAAGUGCUGGUGUUGCACCUCGGUGGCAUCGUAGAGAACCGCACCGAAUGGCGGCGCGAGGUGGAGGGCGCGCAAGGGGGCACGGUGCUGCGCGCGUUUUCCCCCGAGCGCGCGGGCGCCCAGGACGACGCGGAGGACCAGGAGGGGCAGGGCCGCGUGCUCGUCGGCCAGGGCAUCGGCGCGGAAGAAGAGCAGGCGAAGUGGAGGCUGGCGAGCUCCUUCCUGUCGCGGCGCGGAGGCCUCGUCUGGAACGAGGUGGUGGAGGCAGCACUGGGCGACAAGCAGAAGCUGUUCGACCGCGUCGUGGACUUCCGGGGCAUGCACGCGACGCUGCUCACAAUGUCAAUCGGGGCGCUGAGACAAAUCGGCCAGGCUGCCAUGUUGCACCGGGACGUGAUCCGGGAGAAGAAGCCUGCACUUGUCUACCACCUAAUCCGCUGGCACCGCCAGGCGGCGGUCGAUGGCGCGGCGUCGGCGGCCCUGCCCGCCGAGCCGGCGGCGGAGGAGGCGGAGACGGAGGAGAACCCGUUGGCGGACGCCCCACUCCUGAUCCCGCGCGCCAAAGUGGCGCGGAUCAUCCGCGCCCUGCUGCCGCUGUUGUCGGCGAAGGGGUCCGGCCACGCAGAAGGCGCGCCGCUGAAAAUCACCGAUGAGGCCGUGGGUGCCGUCCACGAGCACCUCGAGUACGUCCUGCGCGCUCUGGUGAGCGACGCUUUCGCUGUGGCCGAGUGGGCGAAUGAAGACCGCGUGAAGAAGAUGUCCGUGACUGCGCUGGCCGUCCGGAUGUCAGCCUCUAUCCAGACGAAGACGUUCGUGGCCAGCAAGCGGAAGCGCAGGCUUGCCAACGUCCUGGAUGACCUUGCGAAGCUCGCGGGGAGUGUUUACGACGGCGAUGCGCCGGUCGACUGGGUUGGUUGCGACGAGCUGUCCGAUUUCUUCUUCAGGAAGUUCAUCUCGGCCGAGAAAAGUGAGAAGAUUCGCGUGCCUGCGGCAGCUUUCAGGGAUAUGCGGUGUUUCACGUUCCACUUCCUCGACGCGUUCAUUUCCCAGGGCGUCGAAUCGGCGCGCCGCUGCGGUAAGAGCACUCUGACCAAGCGGCCGGGGCCCGGGCGCUCGGACUGCCCCCGCAGCUCCGCAAGGGCGCGGCUCUGGGAGGGCGGCGCUGCGGGUGGCAUGUCGAACCAGGAGGCGCACAAGCUGGAGGCGGCAGGCGACGGUCUCAUGGAGCAGGCCGGCAAGAGGUGGAACAAGACCACGAGGGCGUUCGACGCGGUGGCCGGACACGCCGCUUGCCCCGGCGAUGCGAAGUACAAGAAGCAGGCGAAGGAGGAGUACCACGAAGCGAGAAGGAAACGCGUGCAACUUAAAGGAAUGGCAGAGCAGUCCGUGAACAAAGACGGCACCGAUGACGUGAAGAAAGCGAAGGGCCAUCAGGACGCCAUCGACUAUAUCGACGGCAAGAAGAGCGAGUUUCGACAGUUGCAGAUGGACUCCACCGCCAUGUUCCGCGAGGUCGCCCUGUGCGGGUUGGCGCAGGAGCAGGGCAUCGCCGCUCUGCGGGCGUGCCUCGCCGACGCCCGCGGCGACGAGACACUUCGCGCCGCCGAGGUCAGUUCUGCCGUGGCGCGUCGUGCCGUCGUAUGGGGCGAUUCCGCGGCGUGGGAUGACAUGAGGGAUUGUCUCCAGUCUCGGUUGGCCCCCGGGCCCCGGCCGCUGCCAUCCCAAGUCGCGUCCGUGUCUGCCGCCCACUUCCGCGAUUCAGAUUUCACCGUUCCCGACCCGAGGGAAGACGCUGUCCUGGUCCACGGCGGGUUGGAGAACGAUUACGAGUCCGCGGAGGAUGGGUGUCACUUCUUGCCGCUGCUUCACGUCGACGAGCAUGGCCAGUUGCCCCCGUGCCCGUCACCGAAGUGGGCCGACGUGGUGGCGUCCGUCGCUGGUCGCAGCGGCGAUCUCGUGUUGGAGUCGCGCGUCCGCGACGGGGGCGACUGCUACUUCCACGCGCUCCUCGUCCUCCUGCAUUUCCGGGGCGUUCUGCUGCUCGCGCCGGGCGGCGCGUCGGCGGCACCUGGGGGGGGCGGUGCCGGGGUUGCCCCGAGCCCCCCUUCCCCCGCGGGCUCACCAGCCGGCCCAGGUCUAAUCGUUGACGGAUCUCGGAAGAGACCCGAGCUCGCCUCUCAGCCCCCGCCUGAGUCGCCAGUUUCUGCGGAGAAGACGUCGCCUGUGUCAUUCACCUCCUUCAGGAAUGGGGCGCGAUUCGAGGAUUCUCUUGCAGAGAGUGCCAGCUUUCGCGCCCCAGACCCCACGGGCGAGAGUCUUGCCGCAUUGCAGGCUAUAGUCGAAGAGCUCCCGGAGGACGAGGCAUCGAAAGCGAUCGAAGAGUUCUUGUUCCCCGAUAUCGUCUUCGAGGGAUUUAAAACGAAGGAGGAGGUGUACGAGACAGUGCGCCACAGGGUCAUGAGGGCGUGGGAGGACACCCGGCCCCACCGCCAGAUUGCCAGCGAGCUUGAUUUCGAUUUGCGCACCAUCGCGCCGAAGCUGUUGGCGGACGCCGUCCACGCCGCAGGCAAGGCCCGGGGUCUGUCCGCGGAAGCGCUGCUCGCCGCUGUCGAGUGCAACAUGGGUUUCAUCGAGGCGCCUGGAACCACGCUCACGCACUUGCCGUCGUCAGGCCAUUACAUUUCCCCUGGCCAGCCCCUCUUGAUUGGCAGUGCGUCCUCCACGCGGAAGUCACCUUUGAUGCAGUGCACGGAUAAAUGGUUGACGCAGGUCCCGGAGGCCUCCCCUGUUUUCAAAGACAAGUUGGUUAUGGGCACGGACUGCACCACGGAGGGCAUUCGGAAGCAACUCGAAGAACACAGGCGGUGCGGCAUUUCCAGCGACGAGGCCGCCAACACGUUCCUGACGCCCUUCAGCGACCAGGAGUCCGGGGUGCAGUAUCUCAGCUGCGCGAAGCUUAACACGUGGACGCAGAGCGAGUACGACGGACCGGCGACCGGCAACGGCAAGGUGUCUUUGGACAACUACAAUUUCAUGCUCAAGUGCUCGGGCCAGACGGAGGUCGUCGAGUUUAUCGCCAUGCCGAUAGUGCACGGGUUCCAGAAGCGCAUGCAGACGGACGCGCGCGCAGACGACGGGGUCGAUUUCGAACAGAGCGACUCAUUCAUCGAGCGGCUGCACGGAUGGAUGCACGCGCAUUGUUCCGCUGUCGCCAGCGCGCUCUCGCUCGACGGCUACGCCUACACCAUAUACCGUGCUGCGAAGCAGGCUCUGGAUGACAUCUGUCAGACCGUGCCGAUGCCGCAGGUGUUCAAGGCGAAGUUGAAUUUCUUUCACAGCGAUUUGCUUCGCGGAACGCACCGGGUGCACCGCGGGGCCCAGUUCGCCAGGGACUGCAUCGCCCAGCAUGCCGCCCAGGGCGGCGGCGGCGCCCUGCCGCCGCUUCCGCCCCUCGAUGCCGCUCGCUGGCGUCGCCUCCCCAGUGUCGACGACGUCACGAUGGGCCUCCACAAGGUGCUGCGCCAAAUUGAACUUCAUUUCGGGCUGUACCGUUUCCACGCAGCCCAGAAGGCCGCAGCCGCCGAGGGCAAUCAUCGCUCUGGUGCCGACUGCAGGGGCGUUGGCGGAUGUUCGGCGGCCGUUCUGGCAGCUCCCGACGUCGCGGAGGCCGCGGUGAAGGGUCUCACGCCGUCCGAGCUGAUGCGGCAAUUUUUGCUCAUCCGCGCCCCCAAGGGGCAGACUUUCACCGCGGCGGACGCGAGGCAGUGGCUCCGAAACAAGAGGGAUUCGUGGUACAGGACGGACCUGGCCCAGAAGAUAUCCGACGGCCUGGCGGCGCUGGUCGCGGCGCAUCUCGUCGACAGGGUCGCUGGUGUCGCCGACGCGGGGGAGUCCACCUCGAGGGCCGAGGCGGCGCCAGGCAAGCGCACGGUCAACCCCAAGGGCGAGGGCACGUUCAAGAAGCGCAAGCUCGAGGCCAUCUUGGCGGACGCCGACGCCACGGAGGAGCGCAAGCGCUUGCGAGUCAACAC